CGUCAGAUCUGGACCGUGUUUGGGUAAUUGGUUAAGUCCGGUUUUCUUUCCGUCGUGAAUAGGACCGGAGUAACCAGUUCUUUCUCGCAAGAAGACGCUACACAGGGUGUCUUGCGUCGAGCUGUCUAUUUAUAUCGGGAGGUUUGGUGACCAACUACAAUGGCAAUAUGUCAACUAAUAAUUACAAGUUUUGCUUUGUUUGUUGGAGUUACUGAAUCGUCACAUCCCUCUGAGAAACCAAAUAUCAUCAUCAUCUUGGCAGACGAUUUGGGUUGGAAUGACGUAAGUUUCCACGGCUCUUCUCAGAUACCGACGCCAAAUAUUGACGCGUUGGCCUAUAACGGAAUCAUUCUCAAUAGCCACUAUGUACCGGCCCUCUGUACCCCUUCCAGAUCUGCCCUCAUGACCGGGAAAUACCCGACACACACAGGCAUGCAACACUUGGUGAUUCUUGCUCCCGAACCCUGGGGUCUGCCUCUGUCGGAAACGCUCAUGCCUCAGUACUUGAAGGCAGCAGGAUACGCAACUCAUGCAGUGGGAAAGUGGCAUCUUGGUUUCCAUCGCAGAGAAUACACACCAACAUACCGUGGAUUUGAUUCCCACUAUGGCUACUGGAAUGGAUACCACGACUAUUAUGACCACACUAUGAGGGCAACGCUUGUGCCAUACAAGGGAUACGACAUGCGCCGGAACAUGACCGUGGACUGGCUUUCCCGUGGACAGUAUUCUACUGAUUUGUUCACAAAUGAGGCUGUACAUAUAAUAGAGACACAUGACAGUCAGAAGGGACCAUUAUUCCUCUACCUAUCACAUCUAGCACCGCACACAGGCAAUCCGGAGGAUCCAUUUCAAGCUCCAGAUGAAGAAGUAGCAAAAUUUGCAUACAUUGAAGAUCCAGAAAGGAGAAUGUAUGCAGCAAUGGUAUCGAAGUUGGACCAAUCAGUUGGCGAGGUAAUGUCAGCCUUGAGAACAAACGGAAUGCUUCACAACUCUAUUGUGUUAUUCAUGUCUGAUAAUGGGGCACCCACAUUUGGUGUUCACUCCAACAGGGGAUCAAAUUUUCCACUUAGAGGGAUGAAGGAGAGCCCUUGGGAAGGAGGUGUUCGGGGUGUUGCUGCCCUCUGGAGCCCCCUUCUGCAGUCUACUCAACGAGUCUCAAAUCAGAUGAUGCACAUUGCAGACUGGCUGCCCACAUUCUAUUCUGCUGCAGGUCUAGAUGUACAUGAACUGGGUGAUAUUGAUGGGAUUGACAUGUGGAAGGCUCUCUCGGAGGACCUACCAUCACCACGAAUAGAAGUUCUCCAUAACAUAGAUCCUAUUGAAGAUUAUGCAUCCUUACGAAGAGGUGACUGGAAAUACAUUGCAGGCACUACUCAGGAAGGAAAAACAGAUGAAUGGUACGGUGAAUCUGGUCAGGACAGUGAGGGCAAGUCACACAGGUAUGAUAUGGAAGCAGUGUUGAAUUCAAAAGUUGGAGUUACCAUAACAGGAUUCCUCACUAAACUACAACUCCAGGCAAAGAAACUGGAAAGGAUGUCAGAAAAUGAGAUUUCAAAGAAAGGUGAAGGAAGCAUUAAACGACUGAAGCUGCUGUCAGAAACAGCAGUAGCUUCGCUGCGACACCAGGCAGAAGUUCAUUGUAUUCAAAAGAGUGGCCACACCUUUUUAAAUAAUUCAAGUUCUGAGAUAGCCUGCCGGCCACGGGAAGCACCCUGUCUCUUUAACGUCCGUGAUGAUCCAUGUGAGACCAAAAAUCUGGCACACGCUCGACCACUCAUUCUCCACAGUCUUGAGGAGUCUCUCGAACGGUUCAAGGAGACAAUGGUAAAGCCUCUAAAUAUUCCUGGAGACCCAGUGUCAAACCCCAUUUACUGGAAUAACACAUGGGUAAACUGGAAGGAUGACAAUGUUACUCCUGAUGACAGUAUAACAGUAUUACCUUUACCAACAAGUCCUGUAACAACAUUGUCCUUCACAACAGUCCUCUCUUUGGUGAUAAUGCUUUCCAUUAUUGCUGCUGCUGUGAAACUGUCAGUCAGUGACACACCACAGAAAAGUUACUUUUCAUCUGCAUUCCUCAUAAAAGCCAAGGAUGUAGAUAUAAGCAGUGAUCAAAAAGAAGCACUGCAAUGAUCAAUAACUGUAAGGUUAUAAGAGUCAUUUAUAUGAUUCACUUUGUAACCUUGUAACACGCAGUAUUCUUCAAAGUGAAUUUUGAUGAUUAAUAUGAGACAUUCUGGAGAGACGUCACAGUGUUCACUUUCCUUCAAAUCCUUCAGUCUUCUUUGAUAAGGGUAGCAAGAAUAAUAAAUUAAUGAUAAUUAAAAAAUUUAGUGAUCCAUUGUUUUGUUCAGUGGCAAUUAUCUCAAAAGGUACCAGCUCAGUUCAAAAAGGGUUAUUCAUCAGACCCAGGAAACCACAUUACUAAGUUGAUUGUUUUUUUUUAAUUAGUUUAAUUCAUUGGGUGGCAAAGUUUUCUUUGGAUAUACAUGGUGAUUUGAAGAAUCGUGAUAAACUUUGUGGAGUAAAAAGAAGCCCUGUUAAUAUGCGUCUGAUUUAAAAAGUUUAAGAAUUCAUAACAGAAAGUAAACUAAAGAUACACCAAAAAUAAAUUUUUAUAAAAGAAUUUCACAAUAACUUAGUGUGUUCAGUGUUAAACAGAAAUAGGUGUUAUCUAAUAAUUAAACAUGACAGUGUAUCGAUGAUUGCACAGUGUUGCCAGCCACUUCAACAGUAUACUGUAUGGUAAAUAUGCUAUGCUCAAAUUUGUAUUUAAGUCAUGGUGGACACUGAACAGUUCUCAGGUGUUCCCUAAUGCUUUAUUAUGAGCAAAUAACACCUCAUGGGCCUGUUCACAUCUGUCUGUCACUUGUUCAUCACAUUACAACAUUGACCUUGGUUCACAUGUUAAAACAGUGACCUCAGAUUACAUUAUUGUAACAAUGACUUUGGAUCACAUGUAUAUGUCUAGGAUUCUGCUAGGUCCACGUUGCAUAUACAUUGGUCAUUUGGAUCACCUCUCAAAUCAGUACAUGAAGAUAGAGACAGUCUCUGAAACACAAAAAUUUACUUCAUAUCAACAUGGCUGAUUGACCAAAGAGACUUCAUCAAAUAAAAUAUCGCAUUUGUAGUAGUUUUACUGCAGCAUUAAAGGAUGCCAUACAGAAAGCCUUACAAAAAUAGUAAUUAUGAUUAGGAUAUUUCAAUCCAUUGAGAUACUGUAUCUUCAUCUGUGUAACAGCUGCAAUUAUAAUGGUACCACAAACAGACUUUAGGCAUAUGUAGAAUUUGAUGUGUCUGCGGUGUAGGAGAGAGAAUUAGAGGUCUGCACAGGCCAAAAUUUUAGAAUUUCAACCAGUCCAGUCCGAGCCCAAAGUUCAUCUUCAAAUAUGUUAAUCAUACCCCACCUAAGCCCAACUUCAGUUUAUUCCAGCCUGAAAGAAGCCCAGUGUAUUUACAAUUGGCCCUGACUAUUGUAUCAUUUAUACAGGUCUUUUAAUUCAUAAAUACCAGUAAUCUUUAAAUAAAUUAUUUAACAACUCUCUAAGAACAUCCGAUGUUAUUUUGGCAUUUUAGGAAUGGUUCAAAGAUACUGAAUACAAAGCAUGGGAGGUAUUAUAUCAAAAUAUUUCUGGAAGGAGGCAGCUACAAAAUUCCAUGAGAAAAUGAAGUCACUGGUAUUUCUCUCAGGAGCCUGGCUGUAUCAUGAGCUUAAGAUGAAUAACUUUCUUUUUGCUUGAAAAAAACAAACAAAAACUAACUAAAAUGGUCUAUAUAACAUUUUCUUGCUAUCAUUUGAACCAGGUCUGAAUCUCAACAUUAUCAGGCUCAUGCAGACAUCUAAAAGAAAAAUUUGGCCCUAGCAUUAAACCUUGUUACAAGAAGCACCAUUUUGCAUUCUUGUCUUCUUAAACAGCACCCUGAAUGGCUGCAGAAGGACUGUGUCUCCACAAUCAAAGUCUUACACAGUGUAGCUCACACUUUCAUUCAAUGAUGUCUUGAUUGAAAUUUGGAUAGUGAUUUAAUAUGUGUUCAGGUAAUUUUGCUUAUGGUACUGCUACAGGUCUAGGAAAGUGCAAUAAAAUGAGAACUUCCCAAAUAAUGAUUUUAUCUGGUCAUUUAUAAAAAUUACAAGCAGCAGAGAUAAAGUAAUGAAGAAAAAUUGAUGGAAUCCAAAAAUACAUCAGAAAAAUAAAACAGAAAUACUAAAGAAAAGGUUAUCAGAUUAAUUGUACAGUGGUAUCCAAUAAUUAGUUGAUGUUGGCAAGAAAAUACUAUGAUUUUCUUUUUUUCUCAGUGACAUUGAACUGUUAUGAUGACAAAAAAUUUCAUCAUGUUUUAUCCUGUACUUGAGAAUUGUAACUAGUCAAAAUCAUUUUCUUUUCUGUUUCAUUCCAUUUUAUGUAUGUCUUUGUGUAUAUAUAUGUUGUUAUAUAAAUGUAUAUAGUUCAAUACAAGAAUAUGAAAUGUU